AUGUAUACCCUGCCGUUCAAGCUCGACGAUCCCUCCCUCCUGCACUUCGACUCGUUUGUCGACGACCAGUGGGUAACGGCGAAAAAUGGCCAACGAUUCGAGGUGGUAGACCCCGGCACGGAUACCCCCUGGGCAAGCUGCCCUGCGAACACGGCCGAAGACGUCCCGCCCGCCGUGGAGGCCGCCCACGCCGCGUUCGAGACGUACAAGAGGUCGAACCCGCGGCAGAGAGCGAUGUGGUUGAUGAAAUGGGACACGCUGAUCCGGGCGGCGCGAGCAGACCUGGCGCAGAUCAUCACGCAUGAGACGGGCAAGCCGCUGGCCGAGGCGUACGGCGAGAUCGACUAUGCGACGGGCUUCACCUGGUGGUUCGCGGGCGAAGCGGAACGCAUCCACGGCACCGUCGCCGUGGCAGCAGCCCCGAACCGGCGCGUGUUCACGAUCAAGCAGCCUGUCGGGGUUGCCGCGGCGCUGGUGCCGUGGAAUUUCCCCGUGGCGAUGGUUCUGCGCAAGGCCGCGGCCGCCCUGGCGGCGGGGUGCACGAUGAUCGUCAAGCCCAGCCCGGAGACGCCCGUGUCCAGUCUUGUCCUGGCCCAUCUGGCGCAGAAGGCGGGAUUUCCCCGCGGGGUGUUGUCGGUGCUGACGACCGAUCUGGCGAACACGCCCGCCCUGAGCGAGGCCCUGUGUAAACACCCGCUCGUCAAGAAGGUGACGUUCACGGGCUCGACGCGCGUGGGGAAACUCAUCGCCUCCCACUGUGCCCAGGGCUUGAAGAAGCUCACCCUCGAGCUGGGCGGGAACUGUCCCUUUCUCGUCUUUGACGACGCGGAUCUCCACCAGGCCCUCGACGCCCUGAUGGCCCUCAAAUGGCGCCAUGCGGGGCAGGCCUGUAUUACUGCCAACCGCGUCUACGUCCAGGCGGCCGUGUACGAGCGUUUCGCUACUCUCCUCGCCGAACGCACCGCGAAACUCGUCGUCGGCCACGGCGCUGACCCCUCCACCACCAUGGGACCCCUGACUACCCCGCGUGGCAUUGACAAGGCGAUUGAACAAAUUGCUGAUGCGCAGCGGCUGGGUGCAAAGGUGAUCAUGGGCGGUCACGCCUUGGAUACAAACAGCAACACACCUCCUACUACUAAAGGAUACUUUUUUGCUCCUACCAUUCUCACAGGAAUGACGGCCGACAUGCUCAUCUCGCGCGAGGAGUCCUUUGCCCCCAUAGCGGCCUUGUAUAGCUUUGAUAGUGAGGAGGAAGGGGUGCGGCUGGCCAACGACACCAGCAUGGGACUCGCCAGCUACGUCUUCACCAAGAACAUCGAUCGGAUGUGGCGCUUGUUGGAGAAUCUAGAGGCCGGGAUGAUUGGGAUGAACUCAGGCAAUUCGUCUGCUGCCGAAUCCCCCUUUGGAGGAAUCAAGGAGUCGGGAUAUGGCAAGGAGAGUGGCAAGGAGGUCGCGGUCAACGAGUAUCUCAUCACCAAGACGGGCACGUUGACCAUCGAGGGACAGUAUUAG